GGAAAACUAGAAUUUCAGAAGCUGAAGGAUGUUGUAGCAAAACUAUUUGAACUUUGGAAUUUGAUGGACUCUUCAAAAGAAGAGAGAAACUGUUUUAUGAAGAUUACUUCUAUUGUUGAAACCUGAGAAUCAGAAAUCACUGAACGAGGUGUUCUUUCAACAGAAAUGAUAGAGAAGGAUUUAGCAGAAGUGGACAGGCUUGCCAAACUAAAAGCAAGCAGAAUGAAAGAACUUGUUUUUAAGAAGAGGUCAGAGUUAGAGGAAAUAUGCAGAUUGACUCAUAUUGAACCAGAUCCAAGUAUUGUGGCCGAGAAAGCUAGUGCAUUAAUAGAUUCUGGAUUGGUGGAUCCUUUUGAGCUAUUAGCCAAAAUCGAAGAACAAAUCAUUAAGGCAAAAGAUGAAGUUUUGAGUAGAAAAGAAGUAACAGAUAGGAUUGAUAAGUGGUUUGCUGCAUGUGAAGAGGAGAAUUGGCUUGACAAAUAUAAUCAAGAUGACAACCGUUACAGUGUUGGGCAAUGCAAUCACAUUAAUCUUAAACGUGCAGAACACGCUAGAAUAACUAUAGGCAAAAUUCCAGCUAUAGUUGACAAUCUUAUAAACAAAACAUUAGCCUCGGAAGAUGAAAAGAAGACAUAUUUUCUAUAUGACAGGGCGAGCUUUGAAGUGCUGUAUAUGUGGGUGUCAAUGCCAUGCAACAGAAAGAGGAAGAUAAGAGAGACGACAGAGGGUAAAUUUACUUGUCUAUACACAUUUGGCAAUUAUUUGUUGUUCGUCCACAAAUUAACUUGUCUGUACACAUUUGGGGCUUGGGGUUCAUUAAUCAAUUCAAAUACUAUUUCAGUAUAUAUAUAUGUUUAGCGUUUUUUGGUUUUUU